CGACUCCCCGAAAAUUAUACUCUAUAUUUCCGAAUUUGACUUAAAAGUUAGUUAAUUACACUAGCAAAAUGGCGGAGUUUGAGGCCAGUCUUGCACGCAUGACGGAACUGUACUUCAAAGAGGAGGAAGAGGAGCCGAAGGGACCGCCCAAGCUGACCAAAGCCCAGAAGAAGGCCCUCAAGAAGGAGGCCAAGAGGCAGGCGUUGAUUGAGGAGAAACGCCUGAUUAUGCGGGAUGCUCUUAUGAGGGAGCUGGAGAUGGGCAAGCGCAUGGAACACAAGGGCAAUGAAGAAUGGCAUGAGAUGUGCCGUGAAAUCAAAAUCAAGGAGCUAAACGAAGAGAUGAUCGCAUGGGGUGAACGCUCAGAGCGGAACAUCCAGGCCAAGAACGACCACAUCAAGAUGCUUCUCGAUGACAUGUCGCAGACGCAAGAUCAGCAUGUGCGCUCCUACAGCAAGACAGUGGAACUGAUCGACCACAUCCGCGACUGCUUUCAUGCGAUGUUGGGCGUGGUAAGGAGCAUGUAUGACCAGCAGGCUGACGAAAUGCUUCGCGACUAUUACGAGGAGGUGCGUCGGCGCACCGAGGAAGUGGAAGCCAUGAAAAUGAACUCCGAGAACAUUAUCCAUGCCACGAACAUUUGCACUAGGGAUCAGCUAAAGGAGGACUACCAAAUUUACCUAGAGCAGCGUGAUGAUCGCGUCAACACCGAGAUUGAGAACAGGUUCAAGAUCCGAGAUCAGAUUGUCCGCCGGAUGACGAACAUGCAGCAGCAGCUCAAUGACUUUGUGGAGUCGCUGAGGAGUACUGAAUUGGAUGCCCACAAGUACGAGAAGAUCCACUGGCUAACGGAGCGUCAGGAGGCCUUCAUGGAGGAGUCACGUAAGUUGAAUGCCGAAGAGUCCAAGUACAUCAACAUGCAGGCUGAGCUCCAACGCGAAAUGGUUCGCAUGGAUGCUGAGAACAACUCCACUCUCAACGAUCUCCGCCUGGAGUUCCAGUACUUCACUAACGUGCGCAAGAAGAUCGAGCUUAACCAGGAGAUGGACCGGAAAAUCACACACGAGAAGCUGCGUAUCCUCACCGGCGAAUGUUACGAGUUGACCAAGCAAAUGGAGAAGCACGUGAAAAGCGGGGAACUACUUUUGGCCCUGUCGAUCACCUGCAGGAAACUCCAAACGGAGGCCGAGAAAGUAAUCCUGGGUGGCGAACUCUUUGACGAAACCCAGGUGGAUGUGAAUGAGAACUUUAAGCUGCAGACUCUUAAUUUAAAGGAUCACGUGGACAUGACCGAGGAUGAGCUAGUGGAGCUGAAUAAAAGUUUAAAGAAUUUCUGGCGCCGCCAAGCAAUGGCCGAGGCCCAAAACAUGCUGAUGAUGGAGGAGAAGCGUCGUCUCAACGAGGAUAACCAGCGCCUUAUCGACUUCAUAAAAUCCAUGAGCGUCACUGAGGAUCCCGAGGAGCUGCGAACUGCCAUGCAUGUUUCCAUUCCGAGCCAGCCAAUGCCACCCAAGCUCUUUGAUACCAAGUGCCAGGAAAAUAGGUCCAGGAAGGUUAUUAAGUCGCCGGUGGCUCACAAGGAGGCUAAAUAUGAAGCUCAAUAUGUUUUGUCCAAGGUGAUGGUGGAUAAUUGAGUAUUUCCAGGAGAUCCACAAAAGUUAUUAAAGUCUGCUGUUAAAUGUUUAAAGGUGAUAUUGAAUUUUGGCGUAAUUCCAAAAUAUGUCUCCACAAAAAUUAAUUUAAGGUUAAAUUAAAAUCAAGACAAGAGUAGACCCAAAAAUAAUAUUUUUCAUGGAGUAUAUAUUAUAGUUUUCAUUUUAAUAUUUACGUAUUUGCUGAACACAUGCAUGGAUAGUGCCAAAAGCAAUGUGUAGUAUAACAGUUUUUUAUCUAAAAAGAAAUUUAGACGUCCUUUUACUUAUCAUAAAUGUGCAAACUGCAAGUCUUUACUCUACUAAAUAUUACCAAUUUACUAAAAGAAUGUUAAAACUUUUUUUAACACUUUUUAGAAAACU